AUGUCCACAUCUCACGUCUUUCGCUCGAGUCAUCCUGACAUUGACCUUCCCAAGGAUGUCUCCCUAUGGUCAUGGAUAUUUGAAGCCCCGCACUCAUCGUUAAGCCGAGCUGGUCGCAACGAAAUCCAGGGAUGGACGGACGUCUCGACCGGACAGCACCUCAGCUACCAAGACGUCAAGGACCUCACAUCCCACCUCUCCACCGCCCUCACACAGCAGCGCAAUCUCCAGCCGGGCGACGCCAUUGUCGUAUUCGCCCGCAACACCGUAUGGUACCCCGUCGUCAUGUUCGGCGCCGUCCGCGCGGGCGCCAUUGGCUGCGGCUGCUCGCCCGACUACAACGUCGAGGAACUGGCCUACGCCCUGACGGCGAGCAAGGCCAAGUUCGUCGUCACCACUAGCGACCAGCUUAACGUUGCGGAACCUGCCGCGGCCAAGGCCGGCAUUGACCCAGCGAACAUCCUCCUCCUCGACGAAGCAGCCACCCACAGGUCACGAUCCAUCCACCACCUCAUCGCCUCUGUUCGGGGCAAACCCCCGACCGAACCGUUCAGAAUCCCCAAGAACAAGACGAAUGCCCAGAUUUGCGGGUACUACGGCUUCAGCAGCGGAACAACAGGCCUCCCCAAGGCCGUCAUGAUCUCCCACGCCAACGUCAUGGCGCAGUGUCUCCAGGUCAUGCAGCUCACGCCCACCGACCACCGACGCAUUCUCGCCGCCCUGCCCUUCUACCACAUCACAGGCGUCGUGCACCAGCUCCACCUCCCCGUCGUCCUCAACGCGCACGUCUAUAUCCUCCCCACGUUCACCAUGGAGGACAUGCUCGCCACUGUGGAGCGGUACAAGAUCAAGGAGAUUCUUCUUGUCCCGCCCAUCAUCGUCCGCAUGGUGCGCGAAGACGCCCUUCUCAAGAAGUAUGAUUUGCGCCACGUCGAGCGCUUCUCGUCUGGUGCUGCCCCCUUGUCGCAGGAGAUCCUCUCGUUGCUGGAGAAGCAGUUCCCCGGUACAGGCUUCAAGCAGGGCUACGGCAUGACAGAGUCGUGCUCGUGCAUUACUGCGCAUCCCCCGGAUAAGUACGCGUACCGCUACGCUGCGCGCGUCGGCAGCGUCGUUGCCUCGACAGAGGUCCUCGUCGUGGACCCGGACACGGGACGACGCUGUGGUGUUGGUGAGGCGGGUGAGAUCUGGGCGCGCGGGCCACAGAUCACCAUGGGGUAUCUCAACAAUGAGAAGGCGACGAGGGAGACGUACGAUGCCGAUGGGUUUCUUCACACGGGCGACAUUGGCUGCUUUGACGAAGAGGGGAUGCUGUCCAUCACGGACCGCUUGAAGGAGAUGGUCAAGGUCAAGGGGAUUGGUGUUGCGCCAGCCGAGUUGGAGGACCUCCUCCUGGGUCAUCCGGCCGUGGAUGACUGUGCGGUGAUUGGAAUCGCGGACGAGCGCGCUGGCGAGAGGCCAAAGGCCUUUGUGGUGCUGGCCAAGGGAUACGCUGGGCGUGAGGAGGAUAUCGGCCGCGAGCUGCUGUCCUUUGUGCGGGAGAAGAAGACCAGGCACAAGUGGAUGAAGGAGGUUGAGUUUGUCAGUGCCAUACCGAAGAGUCCGGCUGGCAAGAUAUUGAGGAAGAUUCUGAGGCAGAAGGGGAGGCCGGUAGGUACAGUUGUGCGAGAACAUGCACCAGCAGCAAAGCUGUGA